UCCAUCUUUUCCACGUUUUGGCUUUGAUUCUCGCAUGCUUGUUGACAUGUCUUUGAUGAGUUGGUUGUGGUUUCUUUUACAUAACCACAGAUUUGAUACUCUGUCCAGACAUUGCAUUUCUUCCUUUAUUUACGGUUUAAUUUAAUUGGGACACGUUUAAAAAUAAAAAAUUGCUUUGCUUUGCUUCGCUUUCUAACAUCAAAUCUACAUAAUAUAUCCGAACUAUAAUACUUAGUUUCUUUCAAAUUCUUGUCAGCUGAUCAAAUCUCUAAGUUCUUUCUGGCUGUUUUUAUAUAUUUUGUUUUUCAAUCUCGUCGAGACAAAGAAAGCAGUGGUGUUAGGUUUUUUUUCUUUUUUUUUUUUGUGCUUUGUUUGUUGAGGGUGUCAAGGAUGUUCACUGAAGAAGAGUUGACAGGCGUGGAUGGCUUCAAAAGAGGGUCACGUUUCAUUGAGGUCAAGUGUGGCGGCACAAGCAAGAAAUAUGGUGAUACCAUUGGAAAGCUUAAGGUUUCUUCCAAUGGCCAAUUUUUGAUAUCCUGCAAACGCACGUCUACCUGUGAUGAAGAGAGAUUGACUCCCUAUGAUUUCCAAAAGCAUUAUGGAAAAGAAGGAACAAGGAAAUGGAAGAACCACAUUUGGGUGCUCAUGAAUAAUAAGAAGGUUCCUCUAGGGAGAACUGCUCUCCUGAAAUAUUACAAACAUGCAUCCAAUGGAGCAAACAGGCAAAGCACCAUGCAAGCUAAACGUAUUUAUCAUCGUGAUGAGUUCAUUAGUUGCUCAAUUUGUAAGAAAGAACGCAGGUUUCAUCUCCGGACUGAAGAGGAAUGCAGAAUUUACCAUGAUGCUUUGAAUGCAAGAAGGUGGAGGUGUGCCGACUGGCCAUAUCACAAAAUGACCUGCCUUGAUGGUGAAGAGCGAGCAAGUAGGAAGAGCUGCAGAGGCUGUCCUCGAUCUCCGAUCUGCAAAGGUUGCACUACUUGUGUGUGUUUCGGGUGCCUUAAGUGCCGCUUUCUGGGUUGCAAGUGUCGCACUUGCGUUGAUUUCAUGCAAAAUGCAGAACCUUGAGCUAUAGGAACUAAACAUCGAUCCUUUCAGUGCUGCAAUGCCCCAACUCUCAUUUCACUAGCAGCAAAGGAAAAAUGAAUCAAUUAGAGUUUCCUGAAGUUCUGUUAGAAUGUUUGUUGUUGGAAUUUAAGAACUUUGCUGUUCCAUUUCUUUUCUAUAGAAUAAUUCUUAGCAGAUAACUGGACUAAGGUUUUUCUUUGCCGGUGGGCAAACGCUCUCGGGAGGCAUCCCACCUCAGUCAAACAUUUUUAGCUUCUGUUGCUAAUAAAGUAGUUUUCUUUCCUGCAGCUUGUUUCUUUUGUUGCUACAAGUUUGAUUUUAGAUCUUUUUCCUAGCUUUUCCUUCUUUCUCGACUCUGGCAUUGAUUAAACUAAAGCCCGGCUGAGAAUAACUGUCGGUAAUUGAAUCUUCGAAAGAAAAAACAAUUGCAGUGCAUGUGUAUCGUGCUCACUGAAUCAAACACCAAAUGCAGUCAUUGAUUCAUAUGGAUUGUCAGGGCUGCUUUCGCCUCAUUUUUAUGACACAUUGCGACUGAUCAAAAGAGUUUUUCAGCAUUGAUUGGAAGUGUUUAGGAUGCUAUUUAAUGGUUCUUUUACUGCAUGAUUUCAUCAAUUAUCAUGUAGAUUGACGUAAUCGAACAGGACCACCCCAAUUCAUGAUCAUGAACAUAAAAAAAGAUGUCUUAAUCGAGCAGGUGAAAAGUCCAAGAAACAGAAACAUUAUGGCUGGAUGACAGCCGCCCCUGUAAUAUACUUUGCUAUCGUGUUUGUCACAAAAAUGAGUGCAAGAAAUCAAGGUCUUCGGUCAUUUGAAUCAUGCACGUA